AUGAAGCUGAAGAGGAAGAAAAAAACUAAGAGGGAAAAAGCGAAAAAAAGAGAGAGAGAAAAGGGAAGGCGGUGGGCGGGCGCGACUCUUAAAGAUGACGACCGAAAGACGCAAGCAAAAGACGGCGAAAAGAAGAAGGAAAAAAAGCGAGAAGAGCGAGAAGAAAAGGCAGAGAGCAGGUUGAGAGGAGGUGAGAGGGGUUUGAGAAGGGGUCAGAAAGGGCUAAUGGGGGCACGGCGGGUGGUGAAGAUGGAGGUGGAUGUGACAAGGUGGCAGGACGAGAGAGACUUUUGGGCUGAGAGUUGGAAAAUCCAGGAACCCAGGCUGGAGCGCUGCCUUGGUAGCGUACUUGGGCUGUGGAAAGAUGGAGCAGCGAAGGGUGAGGAAGAAGAUGAAAAAAAGGAAAGAAAAGAAUCAGCAGGAGACGGCUUCAGCUCCAGCUUUUUGAAGGAUGCCCUCGGAGGAGGGCAAAUGCAUGACUUCAACGCUAGGAGCCAGAAAUACGGUACGGCCACAGAGAGCGAGAGACAUGAAGCUGUGAGAGUUGUUGAUGUCAUUUCAGGCAAACAUUGCCAGCACCAGCAUUACCCUACCACGUACUCUGUACAUCGCGAAGUAUAUGGCGCUACAUGCAAGCAGAGAGACAGAUAUGGAGACUACGCCGUGCAACUUGCAUGUUGGACGGUGAGAUAUGCAUACCUUGUCACUGCUAUAGUCCAGGGUUUGUCGUAUCUUUUCUCUGCGCUGGGACGAGCAGGGAUCCGUGUCCCAAAACAUCCCUGA